UAAAACAGCGAUGGAGUGUUUUGGUGGUCACCGAAACUAAACAUACAAAACAAAUCGUUUUGCUUCUUCUUCACUCUCUCUCAACUCUGAAAACAUUCCGCAUACUUGUUCCACCCCUACCUCCCUCUUGACUCUCUCUCUCGCGCUAUAUUCUUGUUCGAUUAUUCUUCAACACUUUGCUGGGAUUUGAUAAGAGUUUCCUGAUUAAGCCCCCUCAGGUAUCAAACACUGUAGAAAUCAAAGAAAAACUUCCCUGUUUUGAUACUUUUACAAUCAGGAGUGAAUUGGCUGGGCAACUUAACUCACUUACCAUUUAUGCUUUUCUGCUUCCUCCUUUAAGACCCUCCUUCCUCACCACUCUUUUAACAUCAUUCUUCCCCUCUGAAACUUUCUCCUUUUCUCUUUCCUCUUGCCUUUGUUAAAGGCUCUUCCCUGUUCUCUGCUUAUCUCUAAGUUUUUGAGUCUUCUUGCUUACUGGUCCUCUUUAUUCUCUGCCUCCCUUUGUGGGGUCUCUGAUUUCCGAUGCGAAGAUAGAGAGAGAGAGAAUCAAAGAGCCUUCCCGUACCACCACUGAAAAAAGAACAAAUCUUGGACUUGAAAAUGGACUCUAGUAUUCUAUGUCCAAUCAAAUACACUGAGCACCGAAACACCAUAAAAAAAUUGACCAAACCCCGGAAGAAACCAACAACAGAGUCUACCUCUUCAUCCAUCCCGAGAAUCGUUCGAAUUUCUAUGACCGAUCCAGACGCCACGGACUCCUCCAGUGGCGAAGAAGACGAGUUUUUUGGGCGUCAGAGAGUGAAGCACUACAUCAACGAAAUCAACAUCCAAACCGACUUCAGAAACACCUUGGUCCUCCCCAACAACGGCCGCAAACGCUCGACCGUCCAGCCUCCGGCGAGUCGGCCGAUGGUGAAAAACUCCAUUUCGCAGACCAAUGGGAGCAGGAAGUUCCGCGGCGUACGGCAACGGCCUUGGGGCAAAUGGGCGGCUGAGAUUAGAGAUCCCGCCCGACGUGUACGGCUGUGGUUGGGGACCUUCGAAACUGCUGAGGAGGCCGCUAUGGUUUAUGAUAAUGCUGCCAUUAAACUCCGCGGCCCUGACGCUUUAACUAAUUUUGUCUCACCGCUACCCAAAGAAGAAGAGAAGCCAGAGCUUCCCGUUGAGCCUCUCAUCGAGGAGGCUGAGCCUGUUAUUGAGUCUCUUGAGGUCGAGAUCACCAACGGAACGACGUCGGGUUCUGGUUACGAUUCCGGGUCGGAGUCUCACAACAAUCUUUCAUCCCCUACCUCUGUUCUUCACUUCAGAACUCAGCCCAAAAUGGAAGAAGCUCAUGAGCCGCAAAAGCUUCAGGUAUUUGACCAAGUGAUGCAGGAGUGUGAAGAUGAGACCGGUACGAAUUUCGUAUCUGACGAUUUGGGUAAUUAUUUGCCUCUGGACUUGCCGUACUUGGAUGACGUGUUCAGCUUCCCAGCCCCGGAUUCUCCCUUGUUCUUCGAUACGCCGAUGUUUUUCGACGACGCCACCGCCGCGGCCGCGACGCUUCCCGAGUGUUUACUGAAGGAGGAUUUCAGCGACAUGUUUGGUGACACAUACGACACGUCGUUGUCACCGACGACGUCGUCUAUGUGCCAAGGAGGGGAGGACUAUUUUCAAGACAUUUUGUUUGGUUCAGACCCCCUUGUUGUCCUCUGAGAGACUGAGCCUGAGCCUGAGCCUGAGCCUGAGCCUGAGCCAGUCAGAAGCCACAGUUUGGCCGCCGUUGCCUGACCGAUUUCUGGGUCAGAUUUUUGUUGUUACGGACCAAAUUUCGGCAUCUUUUUAAAUUAUUAAUUUUGCUGUGUUAGUAUUAGUAAUUACUUAUUUAUUCGUUUAAACAUCUCCGUUAAAAAAUUGACGGAGAGAGAUUAGUUGAGUGAGAGUUUUGUGGUUUAGCGAGUGUAUAAUUAUUUAUUAAUUUUGACGGAUUAAUGAAGGUAUUUAUAUAAUGUUUUAAAUA